CGUAAUGAUGACGUGAAGUGUUUCUGCUGUGACGGGGGUCUGAGAUGCUGGGAGUCAGGUGACGACCCCUGGGUGGAGCACGCCAAAUGGUUCCCUAGGUGUCAGUACCUGCUCCAGGAGAAAGGUCAGGAGUUUGUCCAUCAGAUCCAGGCUCGCUUCCCUCGGCUCUUUGAACAGCUCCUGACCAGGGACAGCAUCUCCAGGGAGUUUGUGGACCCACCAUUGGUGAACCUGGGUCCAGGUGAGGAGCGGUCAGAAGAUGCAGUGAUGAUGAACACUCCGGUGGUUGUGUCGGCUCUAGAGAUGGGAUUUGAGCGUGGCCUGGUCAAGCAGACGGUCCAGAGUAAGAUCCUGACCAUCGGAGAGAACUACAAGACGGUCCAGGAACUGGUCUCAGACCUGCUGUCUGCCGAGGACCAAAGGAGAGAGGAGGAGAAAGAGAUGCUGAACGAGGAGAUGGCUUCUGAUGGUAAUUCGUUCUUGAAGAGACACCAGGCAGCGUUGGUCCUGCGCCUGAAGAGUGUUGAGUCUGUCCUGGAGCACCUCCGAGAGCAGAAUGUCAUCAGUACGUCUAUACUACUAAUAUACUACUACAGUACUAACAAAUAUUAUAUUAUUAUUUAUGUUGUGAAGAGGAACGCAGCAGCUGAGGUCUUUCAGGAACUGGUCCAGAAGAACGAUGUCCACCUGCUCAGAGACCUUAUGGCCCAGGCAAACGAAGCCUCAUCACCAAGUCAAGAUCUCUCAGACCUGCCGAUGGAGGAGCAGCUACGGCGCCUGCAGGAGGAGCGGACCUGCAAGGUGUGUAUGGACAAGGAGGUGAACAUUGUCUUCAUCCCGUGUGGUCACCUGGUGGUCUGUAAGGAGUGUGCUCCCUCUCUGAGGAAAUGCCCCAUCUGCAGAGGACUGGUCAAGGGCACCGUCCGAACCUUCCUCUCCUAGAAGACCGAAGAGGAACCAGGCUUGAUGUUAGGCGCUGGUAGAUCUGUGAAAUAAAAUAAAUAUAUCUCAAAUAAAUCAAGUGUUAUUCUUCUCAG